CGGUGAUGGAUCAAAAACGCCUGGCCAAUCGAACGAUGUCGGCCGUGCCUCUGCGCUGCACUGCCUCGCCAGACUCUGUGAUCAGGCAGCGACUUGGCUAACUUCCUAAACUUGCUCCCUCGUCAUUUCUUCCCCAAAAUGUAAAAAUGUCGGAUCCUCUCUCGGUCGCCGGAAGCAUAGUUGGUGUCGUAUCCCUCGGCAUCACGGCAUCGCAGGGCCUGAUAAACUACUAUGAGGCCUUCCGAGGACAACAAUCCGCCAUCGACCAUACGACCAGAAAACUAGCUCACCUUCGUGACUUCCUAGACGACCUGCGUCGCCAGCUCGACGCACGCAACUCCCAACAUGAAGACGACGACCUACUCUCGAGCGUGAGGUCCUCCGUAGAGGAUUGCGCCGCGGCCAUCUAUGGACUAAAGGACGAGUUGAACAAGUUCGACAAAACAUUUCGCCCUGGCACCAUGGCCGGCCUUCUCGCCGCUGGCCGCCGCGUCGCCUACCCCUUCCGUGAGCGUACUCUGCAGAGGCUGAACGAGGAUGUUGAUGAUGUUAUAUCCUGCCUGUCCUUUGCCGUCCAGGUGCUGCAGCAGAGCGACAUUGGCAACAUCCAGCGUGGUAUCGCCGACAUCCAGGUUAGCAUCGACGACAACAGGGCGCUGCUAGACCUCGUCAGGGGGAGCCAGGUCUCCUCGGAAAUCAGAGCGUGGCUCAAGGCCCCGGAUGCCUCGAUCAACUUCAACGAGAUUCUCAAGAGGAAGCAUCCCGGCACGGGGUCCUGGUUCACCGAAGGCCCCGACUUUACCACCUGGCUCACAAAACCCAACUCCUUCCUUUGGCUGGCGGGCUUUGCGGGAUGCGGUAAAUCGGUGCUGGCCUCGACUACGAUCCACUCCGUCUUCCAACACCGCAGGGGGCACCCGCGCAUCGGUGUGGCCUUCUUCUUCUUUACUUUCAACGACGAAAGCAAGCAGGAUGCGUCAGCCAUGCUACGUGCUCUCGUGCUACAGCUGUCCUCCCAACUCGGCCAUGGACAUACGCAUCUCUCGGGGCUGUACGACGCCUAUCGUCACGCAACACCGCCGGAGUCGGCUCUCCUAGAGUGCCUGCAUGAUGUCAUUCGGGAUUUCAACGACGUCUACAUUGUCUUGGAUGCAUUGGACGAAAGCCCAAGGCAAAAGCAUCGUGGAACCCUACUAGAUAUCCUUGCCGACCUACGCAAGGACGAGCCGGGCUUGCACCUCCUUGUUUCCAGUCGAGACGAGGUCGAUAUUCGUGAAGGACUGAAAGCGUUGCCCGAGGAGACGAUCAAGUUGAAGAACGAAUUCAUCGACCGCGAUAUCGCGUCUUUCAUCUCCCAGUAUCUUCAGCAGCGACUUCAACGAUGGGCCGAAUUUCAUGACAAAAUCGAAACGGCGCUUACCACAGGCGCAAAAGGCGUGUUCCGAUGGGUGGAGUGUCAAUUCAAAAUUUUAGCCGACUGUCCGGAGAGUGAGGACCUGCUCGAGAAGCAACUCGAGUCUUUACCACCAACACUCGACGAGACGUACAGACGAAUGCUCGACAACAUCCCACUUGCGUCGAAGCCUUAUGCCCGGCAAAUGUUGGCAGUACUCUGCUGUGCUAGCAGGCCCUUGAAGGUCGACGAGCUUACUGACGCAAUCGCCGUUCAACUUGACGAUCCACCGACGUAUAAUACAAAGCGCAAACUCAAGAACGCUGAGGCGAUACAUCGGGUAUGUCCGGGGCUCGUCGAGAUAGACAAGGAUCGGUACUAUGGCGAUACCGUGCGACUCGCACAUUUCUCUAUUCGUGAAUUCUUAGAACUAGACCCGGGAUCCGAACGGAUCGACGCCGGUUUCUACCGUGUGGUACCGCAGGAUGCCCAUACAGACGUGGCUUCCAUCUGUCUCGCUGUUCUAAGGGAGCUCGUACCUCUUGAGCCAGCCACCUUGGCUCUACAAUUCUAUGCCGCUCGAUACUGGCCAGAACAUUACCGAAGUGGACGGGCUGAUAGACUCGAAGCCCAAAUCCUGCAACUGUUCACUCACCACUCAUUAUUUGUGAACCUCUCCACUCUACUACGCUUCCCUUCUGGGUAUCGAUUCUGUUAUAGUGAACCUCCUUCAAGGUGGAGACACUGCUUACUUGACAGAUGGUGUCAAUCAGUCCCAGGAGGUGUUGGAAGGAGGACAGGCGGAUUGCAGAGAGAGGACUCAAGCGCCGGAUAAUACACGGGCAAUAGUGAACGCACUGGGUGGCUACUACGGAACAGCACUUCAGGCGGCGGCCUGGCAAGGCCAACAGACAGUUACUCAACUUCUACUCGAUAACGGCGCCGAUAUUAAUGCGCAGGGUGGGUGCUAUGGAACAGCACUUCAGGCGGCAGUGUGGAAAGGCCACCAUACAAUUACUCAACUUCUACUCGAUCACGGCGCCGACAUUAACGCGCAGGCUGGGUAUUUCGGAAC